UAGCGGGAGAAAGUAUUUUUCGUUCGAUCGCCAUUUGUAUUGUCCACUUGACACUGGUAGCUUUAGUCUCACUUUAGUCUUCGUUGGUUGAUCAUCGUUUAAACACUUACAACAAUCGUAAAAAGUCUAAAAAGUUAUUGUGAUUACGAAAAUUGAUUGUAAAAUAAUCCGGAAAAACCACGAAAAAAGGAAAAGGAAAAAAAAAGAAUUUUAAAAAUUUUGUGAAAAAGAUAAAAACGAAAAUGAUAUUGGAAAUUGUAUUCUGGCUGUUUUUUACUUUGCUGCUAAUCUCGCUACUUUUGACUUAUAUUUUUAAUAUGGGAACCACAUUAUGGGAGAUUUUUGUAUCAUUGAUCAAUACGAAAACAGUCGAUUUACGAACAAAGUUCGGCGAAUGGGCAGUGGUGACUGGAUCCACCGAUGGAAUCGGCAAAGCAUAUGCAAAAGAAUUAGCUACUAGAAAAAUAAAUUUGGUGUUAAUCAGUCGAUCUUUGGAAAAAUUAGAAAAAACUAGAAACGAAAUUAUGCAAGAGAAUCCAACUGUUGAAAUAAAAAUUAUUGUGGCAGAUUUCAGCAAAGGAAAAGAAAUCUUUGAAAAACUAGCAGAACAACUAAAAGAUAUUCCAAUUGGUAUUUUAGUCAAUAAUGUAGGUAUGCAAUAUAGUCAUCCUAUGUAUCUCGAAGAAGUUCCAGAAGAUGAUUUGUGGGACAUCAUCAAUAUUAACAUUGGAGCUACUACAUUAAUGACACGUAUAGUUAUCGGACAAAUGCAAAAGCGAGGUAAAGGCGCAAUCGUUAAUGUAUCAUCCGCUUCGGGAUUUAUACCUUUGCCGUUAAUGACUGUGUAUUCUGCGACGAAAGUUUACAUCAUAAGUUUUACCGAGGCUCUCAGAGCUGAAUAUUCUAAAUUUGGAUUAACUAUACAACAUUUAUCUCCAUUUUUCGUUAAUACGAAAAUGAACGCAUUCAGCAAUUGGUUACAGGUAUCCAAUAUAUUAGUACCUAGUGCAACAACUUACGCAAAAAAUGCAGUCAAUACUCUAGGAAAAAUUGAUUCAAGUACAGGCUAUUGGAGUCAUGGGAUUCAAAAGAUCAUCGUACUUCUUGUACCAAUAGAAAUAAGAACAAAAUUGGCAAUGAUUCUAAAUAUGAUUUUCAGAAAAGAAUAUUUUAAACAAAAAAGAAAUAUCUAAGUAGACAUGCUUAAAAUUCAUAUGUUCACCGCCAUUGCUUUAAAAUUGUUAUA